AGCCGCGGCGGCGGGCGCGGCGGCAGGGUUGAGGAGGCGCAUGCGUGCUGGCGGCUUUGAGACGGGGAGGAGGUGCAGGGAGGAGGGGAGGCAGCUUCUCCCCAUUUAGCAGUGAGGGAGCGGCCGCGGCGCUUUCGGCUACCAGUGCGGGAUAAGCCGGGCGGUCGCAGGGGACUGUUCGAGGGGGGUGGGGGGAGCUACUGUAGCUGCAGCCACCGCUCCUUGCUCCUCCUCUGUGAAGCGCCCUCUACCCCGCCCUUUCCCCGCCCGGGACCGAGUCUGGUGGCCACAAAAUGGCGGAUGGGGAGCUGAACGUGGACAGCCUCAUCACCCGGCUGCUGGAAGUACGAGGAUGUCGACCUGGGAAGAUUGUUCAGAUGACUGAAGCAGAAGUUCGGGGCUUGUGCAUAAAAUCACGGGAAAUAUUUCUUAGCCAGCCUAUUCUUCUGGAACUGGAGGCCCCUCUGAAAAUUUGUGGUGAUAUUCAUGGUCAGUAUACAGACUUGCUUCGAUUAUUUGAAUAUGGAGGAUUCCCACCAGAAGCUAAUUAUCUUUUCCUUGGAGAUUAUGUAGACAGAGGCAAACAGUCUCUGGAAACCAUUUGCCUAUUACUGGCAUAUAAAAUCAAGUAUCCAGAAAACUUCUUUCUCUUAAGAGGAAAUCACGAGUGUGCUAGCAUCAACCGGAUCUAUGGAUUCUACGAUGAAUGCAAGCGGAGAUUUAACAUUAAGCUGUGGAAGACCUUCACAGACUGUUUUAACUGUCUGCCUAUUGCAGCCAUUGUGGAUGAGAAGAUCUUCUGUUGUCAUGGAGGACUGUCUCCAGAUCUCCAGUCAAUGGAACAGAUCCGGAGAAUUAUGAGACCUACAGAUGUUCCUGACACAGGCUUGCUGUGUGACCUGUUGUGGUCUGACCCAGACAAAGAUGUGCAAGGUUGGGGUGAAAAUGAUCGUGGCGUCUCUUUCACUUUCGGUGCUGAUGUGGUCAGUAAAUUUCUGAACCGUCAUGAUCUGGAUUUGAUCUGUCGAGCUCACCAGGUGGUUGAAGAUGGAUAUGAAUUCUUUGCUAAACGGCAGUUGGUCACGCUGUUCUCGGCUCCAAAUUACUGUGGAGAAUUUGACAAUGCAGGGGGCAUGAUGAGUGUGGAUGAAACUCUAAUGUGUUCCUUUCAGAUAUUGAAACCAUCUGAAAAGAAAGCCAAGUACCAGUAUGGUGGACUGAAUUCUGGGCGUCCAGUCACUCCACCUCGGACAGCUAAUCCGCCGAAGAAGAGGUGAAGAAAGGAAUCAUGUAGACACGCCACCAGAUCUGUCAAGGACAAAACUCCAUAUUACAGUAUAUAAUAAGUGUGCACUGUAAAACCAUCCAGCCAUUUGACACCCUUUAUGAUGUCACACGUUUAACUUAAAAGAGACGGGUAAAGGAUCUUUAUUGAUUUAUUUUUCUUUUCCUCCUAGUAGAAAGAUGUGCGACGCUGUAUUGUAACAAGUAUAUCUCCAACUUCUAACAUCCAACAUACAGUAAAAACAAAAUUAGGGAAAA